UGUCGGCAACAGACAUAACGACAUUAAACAAAUGUUGUAACUUGUAUGUUGUAACUUAUAAAAAUAAUAACUAAUUAAUUAAUUAUCGAAAUUGUAGUUAUCUCGAAUAGCUUCAAAGAAUUAACAUAGCAUUCAAGUGCGUGUGCCUUUAAAAGUUCUUUGGAGCGAAAGAAGUAAGCAGAAAUUUCACGAUUUACAUCAUUUACUUUUUAAGAAGAGAACUUGACCUACUUUGGAUUCUUAGAAUUGCAGAUAUUACACAAUUAACAUUUCAUAAAAUCCAGUGAGACGCAGCAAAGGAAAGUCACCAUUUUAUAUUACACAAUAAACAAUGAUUACCAGCGUACUACUGUCAUGUGCGGUUUUCGCAUUUUUAUAUUAUUAUGUUAUCCAUCUUGCAAGAUUUAGGCGUCUUAUCAAUCUCAUUCCCGGACCACCAAUGUUUCCAAUUAUCGGUGACAUUGGUUCUAUGACUUUUACUUCAACUGAGCAAUUUCUGGAACUGAUAGUAGCACGAUUUAAAAAAUAUAACUGCCUUUAUAAAAUUUGGCUCUUUAUGAUCGCUUAUAUUAUCAUUAGCCAUCCGGAUGACAUACAGACAUUAGUGAACAGCACGAGAAAUAACGAAAAAGGCAUGGCGUAUACAUUACUUCAUUCAUGGUUAGGAGACGGUCUUCUUCUUAGUAAAGGAGCAAAAUGGCAAGAGAGGCGAAAGAUUCUAACACCUGCGUUCCACUUCCAUAUAUUAAAAAGAUUUUUUGAUAUCUUGAUCGAGGAAAGCAAUCAUAUGGCGAAAUCAUUGAAAGAUAUAAAAAGCUCAACUGUCGAGGAUUUAGCGUCUGUUGUUAGCCACCAUACCUUGAAUAUCAUAAGCGAAACUUCUAUGGGUAUUUCCUUGCGAAAUGUAAGUACACUUGAACAACAGCAGUACCGCGAAACAAUCCAUGAGUUAGGAGAGACACUAUUUUACAGAGUCAUGCGACCGUGGUAUUACAGCGACAUGAUAUUUACGAUGUCGCCAAGAUAUAAGAAUGAAAUUACAUGUCUGAAAAUACUACACGAAUUUACGGAAAAAGUUAUUAAGGAAAGGAAACAAUAUCACGAAUCCACUAAUGGACGAUUUCUAAAUUUUGAAAAAGCUGAAGAAGAUGAAGAAAUCAUAGGAGGAGGGAAGAAGCGACUUGCCAUGUUGGAUCUUUUGAUAGCGGCGUCCAAAGAUACCAAUUUGAGCGAUCUGGAUAUUAGGGAAGAAGUCGAUACCUUUAUGUUUGAAGGUCAUGAUACCGUAGCAAUGGCACUAACUUUCGCUAUAUUACUCUUAGCCGAACACAAGGAUGCCCAGGAUCGUGUCAGAGAUGAAGUCAAUGCUGUAAUGGAAGAAAACGGAGGAAAACUUACUAUGGCAGCGUUGCAGAAUUUGACAUAUUUGGAAAGAUGUUUGAAGGAAACGAUGAGAUUGUAUCCCAGUGUUUUUUUCAUUCUCCGAAAGUUAACGGAAGACGUAAAGAUGCAAUCAUAUCUAGUGCCUGGUGGAACGCAAGUAUAUAUUGACAUUUUACAUCUUCACAAAAAUCCAGAAUUCUGGCCAAAUCCGGAGAUAUUCGAUCCAGAUAGAUUUUUGCCAGAGCUGGUGCAAGAUCGUCAUCCUUUUGCUUAUGUACCGUUUAGCGCAGGAUCACGCAAUUGCAUAGGUCAACGAUUCGCCAUGAUGGAGAUGAAGGUUGUAGUGGCUACCUUGGUGCAUAACUUUUAUUUGGAGUCCAUGCAACGCUUGGCAGAUGUUCGAGUUACAUGCAAUAUAUUACUUCGUCCUGCGGAACGAUUACGCGUGAAAUUCGUCCCAAUCUAA